CUGGCAGAGGCGGCGCAGUGUCCUCUGUGGGAGGGUCCCGCUGCCGGCUGUCACCCGUCGCUAGAGACAGCAGCACCCGAGGAAGUAGUCAGUAGAUGCUGGGAGGAUCUGGAGGAGGACGCUGCGGCGGGGGAGUCCAUCCCGAUGGGGAGAACCUCGGUGGACUUCACUGUCAUGUCCUACAACAUCCUGGCUCAGGACCUGCUGGACCUCCACCCCUACCUGUACACGUACUGCCCCCUGGAGCUGCGGGACUGGGGCUACCGCUGCAGCCUGCUCCUGCAGGAAAUACAAAAGUGCCAACCGGAUAUUUUAUGCCUUCAGGAAGUCCAGGAGAACCACUACGAGCAGCAGCUGCAGCCUGCGCUCUCUCUGAUGGGCUACACCUGUGUGUUUAAGCGCCGGACGGGCCCCAAGCCGGACGGCUGCGCCACGUGUUACCGCGGCAGCCGCUUCGUCUGCGCGGCCACCACGCAGCUGGAGUACUUCCGGCCCGAGACGGGACUCCUGGACCGGCACAACGUGGGCGUCGUCCUGCUGCUGCGGCCGCUGGUGGACCAGGGGGCCCGGCUGACGGAGCGCGGCCCCCCCCUCUGCGUGGCCAACACCCAUCUGCUGUUCAGCCCCCGGAGAGGCGACGUGAAGCUGGCGCAGCUGGCCAUCUUGCUGGCGGAGAUCGACCGUGUGGUGAAGUCCUGCCGGUCCAGCGGGGAGCAUUGCAACGUCGUCCUGUGCGGAGACUUGAACGCCGUCCCGGACACGCCCCUGUGCCGGCUCAUCACCGCCGGGAGCCUCUUCUACAGAGGGCUGCCUUCCUGGAUGGUGUCCGGUCAGGAGAACCUGUCUCACCAGGCCCACUGCCACAGACUGCCGGCUCCUCUGUGGCCCAGCACCCUGGGGAUCAGCAGCAGCUGCCAGUACGUUACCGCAAAGAAGGAGCCGGAGAGGCCGAAAGCAGGGGAACUCCAGUACGACCACGACUUCAUGCUGAGUCUGUGCUUUAGUCCCGCCGCUUGCGUUCGCCCCGGAGGUCUGGAGCUGAUUCCAGGAGUGACCGACUGCUCACCAGAUCCUUCCAGGGGGAACCAGACCUAUGAAGAAAGGUUUGGGAACACCAUCAGUCACAGGUUACACCUGGAGUCGGUCUAUAAACACGCCCCGCGCUCCAGGAACCCGCUGGUCACCACCCUGCACUCUGCGACCGGAGCUGUCGUCGACCACAUCUUCUACUCCCCAAAGCGUGCCGCAGGUCGCGGAGGCUCCGCCCCCAGAGGCCUGAAGCUCACCGGGUUCCUCCCCCUGCUGUCUGAGGACGCCCUGUGGGCGAUCAACGGCCUUCCUAACCACGGUUUCCCCUCAGACCACCUCAGCCUCAUGGCCCGGUUCCAGCUGGACCUCGAUACCGUCUGACCGGAAGGCUUCACCGGGACUCCAGAGCAGAAGCGUCUCCAUUUAGAAUGUUUUGGAAAUGAAGAAAGGCAUUUUUGUUGGAAGAGUUCAGAGAAAAAAAGCACUUUUGAACGUGCUGUGAUAGUUAAUUUAAAAUAGAAUA